AUGUUCAAUUUAUGUGCAACCAGAGCAAGCAAUGAAUAUGUAAAGAAAGAAUCAAAAGAUAAAUCGGAAAAAAGUGUUCCUCGAAAGUGUUCACCAGCCAAAAGUAGUAGAGUGAAACCAUUGGAAGCUGAAGAACUUUUUCCUGUGGUAGAGGGAUCAGAGAAGACUCCAGAUGUGAGAGAAAUGAUAAAAGAAAGAUCAGAAAGAAGGCAACAAAAUGAGAAUAGAAAUAAGAAAGUGAAGGGAUAUGUUGUGGGAAAUGAUAGAAGUGUCAGAAACCUUCGUCGUCUAUUAACCAAUGAAAAAUUGGUUCAUCAAGCUGAACUCUUUCGUCACAAUUGGUGUUUAGAGGUUGAAGAUAAAGAAGAAAGAUUGGAUAUUCUUGAGAGAAACCGUCUAUUCGAUACAUCCCUUCUAGAUAGCAACAUCGAUGAACCCGGGACAAUUCGAGCUGUUUCUCAGAAUACAACAAGAUCGGAAGAUGCUGAAGGAGAAACUGAAGAGCUUCUUGGUCUCCUUCCACGUGACAAGCUGGCUUCUUUUCCGUAUCCAGUGAAAAUGAAAUUUCAGCUUUAUUUAUUGCUCAUCUUUAUAUUUCCAGUCAUUUGGCUCAUUCUUCUCUUUGAAUUGACACUUCACACAACUGGUCAUAAUACACGUCAUCUUUUCAGUGAAGAUAAUUUCGGAUUCGCUUGGAUGUAUGAAGUUCUGCGAGCUCACAGGGAACUAAUGAAUGUCAAAGAAGAACGUCAUAAAUGUAUGGGUACCAUGAAAGAGUUGAAAUCUGGUUUGAGUAGCAGUGUGAUGACAAUUAUGAAAGUAUUUGUUUGGGAGAGAUCUCUCGGUUCUAGUAUCAUUCCUAUUGUUAUUUCCAUUAUUUCACUCGGUAUUCUCCUGGAUCUCGCUCUUCAAGGACUAUUUUCAUGUCGACUCAAUCAUCGGGAGGUCAAUAAUGAUGGAAAAAGGUACAUCUUCUUCUACAAUGUUGCAAUUAAAUUCUUCAUUUCGUUCUUCGUCUUUUCUAUAUUUCUGGCGAUUACUCUGAUGACCGAACAAUAUUUCUUCAAACCUGAUAGACGAGACUAUUGA